AGAAGCCAUCAUCUUUCCGAUUGCUAACUCGAUAUCUCUGCUCUCAUUUUUUUAUUCUCCUGCCGUGUCUCGCGUUGCUCGACUAGUCUCGCAAAUCCUGCAGACGUUUCUGUGCUUGUUAUUCCCUCGUGCACUUCCGGCACAACUAUCCAAAAAAUGGCGAACCCUCCCCAUGGCGGCAUCCUCAAGGAUCUCAUUGCGCGCGACGCACCCAGACAUGAUGAGCUCUCUGCUGAAGCUGAGACGCUUCCCGCUAUUACGCUCACCGAGAGACAGCUGUGUGAUCUCGAAUUGAUUCUCAACGGUGGUUUCUCGCCCCUCGAAGGUUUCAUGACCGAGGCCGAUUACAAUGGCGUCGUAAAGGAAAACAGACUGGCCAGCGGCGUGCUGUUCAGCAUGCCAAUUACACUAGAUGUUUCGCAAGAGACUAUAAACGCGGUCGGUCUCAAGGCGGGAGCGCGGGUGACACUGCGUGACCUCCGCGACGACCGAAACUUGGCCAUCCUCACCAUUGAGGAUGUUUACAAGCCGGACAAGACAGUCGAGGCCAAGGAGGUCUUUGGAGGCGACGAGGAGCACCCGGCCGUCAGCUACCUCUACAAUACCGCCCGCGAGUUCUAUGUUGGAGGCAAAGUUGAGGCCAUAAACCGCCUGCAGCACUAUGACUUUGUUGAUCUCCGAUAUACCCCAGCCGAACUCCGGUUGCACUUCGACAAGCUCGGCUGGUCCCGAGUUGUCGCUUUCCAAACACGAAACCCUAUGCACCGGGCCCAUCGAGAACUGACUGUUCGCGCUGCCCGCUCGCACCACGCAAACGUGUUGAUUCACCCCGUGGUGGGCCUGACCAAGCCUGGCGACAUCGACCACUUCACCCGCGUGCGUGUGUACAAGGCGCUUCUGCCAAGAUACCCCAACGGCAUGGCAGUGUUGGGUCUUUUGCCAUUAGCCAUGAGAAUGGGUGGGCCCCGUGAGGCCAUUUGGCACGCCAUUAUCCGGAAGAAUCACGGAGCCACGCACUUCAUUGUCGGUCGUGACCACGCCGGUCCUGGCAAGAACAGCAAGGGUGUUGAUUUCUACGGACCGUACGAUGCCCAAUACGCCGUUGAGAAGUAUCGCAACGAGCUUGGCAUCGAGGUCGUACCUUUCCAGAUGAUGACCUACCUUCCGGACAGUGACGAGUAUGCGCCCGUUGACGAGAUUGAGAAGGGCGUGCGCACCCUCAACAUCUCUGGCACAGAACUCCGUUCAAGACUCCGCAGCGGCCGUGAUAUCCCCGAGUGGUUCUCAUACCCGGAGGUCGUCAAAGUUCUCCGGGAAUCCCACCCCGCACGAUCGCAACAGGGCUUCACCGUUUUCCUCACGGGAUACCAGAACAGUGGUAAGGACCAGAUCGCUCGCGCUCUUCAGGUGACACUGAACCAACAGGGUGGGCGAUCUGUGUCCAUGCUCCUGGGCGAGACCGUCCGCCACGAGCUUUCUUCCGAGCUUGGCUUCAGCCGGGAAGACCGAAGCAAGAACAUUGGCCGCAUCGCGUUCGUUGCCAGCGAAUUGACUCGCUCAGGUGCCGCAGUGAUUGCCGCCCCUAUUGCACCGUACGAGGCCGACCGAAAGAGUGCCAGAGAACUCGUUGAGAAGUACGGUGACUUCUACCUCAUCCAUGUCGCCACCCCGCUCGAGUACGCCGAGAAGACUGACAAGAAGGGCAUCUACAAGGCGGCCCGUGCUGGUGAGAUCAAGGGUUUCACGGGUGUCGACGACCCAUAUGAGGCUCCCGCCAAAGCCGACUUAGUGGUUGACUUCGAGAAGCAGAAUGUGCGAUCGAUCGUCCACCAGAUCGUGCUGUUGCUCGAGAGCAAGGGUCUCCUGGACCGCCUAUGAGCUGGAUAUUUUUUUUUUUAAAAAAAAGGAAUACGAAUUUUAUACAUAGACCAUGUGAAAGAAAAGCGGGUCUUGGAAGAUCUAAAACUCGCCAGGUAGAACGGUGAUACUCGAUAUACCGACCAAUGCAAUAUAAGACAACACAAACACUUACCUCACGUCCAAUGGACA